AUGACGAGUUCAUCAUUCUCAAACUGCCAAAAGCCGAUCAAGUAUGGAAGGGGUAAAUAUGCUCAUGUUGAGCUUGUACCGCAACCAAGUGAUGACCCAGACGACCCAUUGAACUGGCCACGAUGGCGGAAAGAUCUUAAUUUGUUUUCACUUCUCGUCAUGGUUGGUCUCAUUGGGGGGAUGAAGACGGUAUUCAUUACUACUGCCGGUUCUCUGGCGACUCAUUAUCGAGUCUCCAACAUGGCCAUUGGCGCCUUGACGGCUGGGCCUCUAAUGGUUUCGACGUUAACAAGCCUAGUUGGCUCCAUUGUUGCCAAGUUGUAUGGCAAACGGCCGGUUUACUUGAUAUCGACGUUAUUUUUAUUUUUUGGAACCAUUUGGAACAUGACUGCAGGCGAUAACUACGGUUCAUGUCUUGGAGCUCGAGUUUUUCAAGGCCUAGGAUGGGGUUCAUUUGAGACGUUGGUGAUGGGGUCCAUUCAGGACACUUACUUUGAGCAUGAACGAAAUCUGCCAGUAUCCAUAUAUAACCUCUUGACCAUUACCACAACUUGGGGCUCGCCUCUUCUCGGCGGUCUGGCAUCUAGCAAUGCGAAGAGUUUCACAAGCCAGUUCCGCAUCAUCAACUGUCUCUACUUUCUGGCUCUCCCACUUCUUGCCUUUGGAGCCCCUGAAACAGUAUUUGACCGCUCAAGGGCAACUAUAACUCCUCUCCCCAUACUCGGUCUGGACGGACGGCGACCCCGGCGGUUUCGCCAUCGGCGGAACAUGGAGACUGCCGUGGAAUACAUCAAAAAGAUGAAGCCGCUCUCAUUUAAAGCUUCGAUAACAAUCUCGACUGUUCUUCAGGUCCCUCGCGCCAUCAUCGCCCCGACUACCUGCCUCCUAUUCGUCUUGACAUUCAUACCCUACGGUGCACUUUGGGGUUUGACAUCUUCGGUUUCUAUCCUGACCACACCUGCACCUAUCUCACUAGACGUUUCCCUCACAGGAACCAUGAUGACUGGUCCAUGGAUCAUUGCGUCACUGGUCGUAGGAGGCUUCUGUUUCUAUCGCGGAUUGUACGAACGCUUCACAAAGAGUGUCAGCUACCUCAUUAUCAGCACGGGAGGCAUCCUGUCCCUGACAGGCUUGCUCUCCUAUGGCCUUGGCAUCCACAAUUUCAUGACAGCCGAUCCCGGGCCUCCCGCUCCGUUCUUCACCUCAAACACUGCCGGUCAGAUCAGCCUGCCCCUGCUGUCACUGCAACUAGGGAUCCUUGCCGGCGGCACUUACACCCUCGACACUAUCACGAGACCCUUGCUCGCACGGUCCGCAUCCUUCACGUCGUCCAGCAUCGCCGUAGCUCAGCGCAGCAUCGGCGACAUGCAUUCCGGUGUAAUUAUACUGCGAAACCUUGCCGCGGGGGUAUUUGUCCUCGCCAUGCCCAACGCAUUCACCGUCUAUGGCGCCCUCAAAUCGGUCGUCAUUGGCCUAGGUACUACACAAGUGAUACUCACAGCAUUGACCAUGACGUUGUGGUGGUACUUGGACGAAUCCAUCUGGAGGGCGGAUGGAAGGGUUAUGGGACUCGUUGACCUAAAGCUUCUGAAGCAAUCAUUAAAUUUCUUCGAUGCCGAUUAA